GUCUGGACUCUCUACCCCACUCCUUGCCUGGACUCCCUCAACUUCUUCUUCUCUCUUCUCCCCUCUGGCUGCUUCUCCCCUGAACAUCUCCUUCUCCCCUUUUCCCUGUCUCCCCAUAUUACUUACUUUAGAGAGUCUCUCACCUUAAGGGGCAUUUUCUUCUCUCUUUUGCUUUGCACAUAUUUCCCCUUUCCCCCAGUUCCCCUUUCCCUUGUACCCCCUUUUCUCCCCCUUCUCUUCCCCUAAACCCCUGCCCCCCUCACCCACUUACAGACCAGUCCCAUAUUCUGCCUUUAGAAGUUGUGCUCGACCUUCUUGUCUGUCUCUUUCCUCCCCCUUUGCCAUUCCAAGGCCACAUUGAAGGAUUUCCCUCAGGGUUACUUAGGUCGGAGGAGAAAUGCCUUCUGGGGGGUUCCAGCCGAUUGAAGGGGGGCAGCAGGUGGUCCGGUCGGGGGUGACGAAGACCCUUGUCCUUUCUGUUUUCACCGCUAUCUUGGGAUCUUUCCAGUUUGGAUAUAACAUUGGGGUUAUUAAUGCCCCCCAAAAGAUCAUUGAGCAAAGCUACAACGAAUCAUGGAUAAGUCGAAGUUCUUCUGGUUCUGGUUCGAUAGACCCGGGGCUCCUACGCACUCUCUGGUCUCUUUCGGUCGCCAUUUUCUCCAUUGGUGGAAUGGUCUCCUCACUGUCCGUGGGGGUUGUGUCCCAGUGGUUGGGGCGCAAACGAGCGAUGGUUAUCAACAACGUAUUUGCUUUCCUUGCCGGGAGUCUCAUGGGCCUCUCCCAGGUCUGCCAGUCAUAUGAAAUGAUGAUUGUGGGGCGAUUUCUGAUUGGAGUAUAUUCAGGUCUGGCAUCCGGCUUGGUCCCUAUGUACGUGGGAGAAAUUUCUCCAACUCACCUGCGUGGAGCCUUGGGAACCCUUCAUCAGCUGUCUCUUGUCAUUGGCAUCCUAGUAGCUCAGGUGCUGGGACUGGAAAUGUUCCUUGGAUCCAGUUCGAGGUGGCCGGCUCUUUUCUGGGUGACUCUGAUCCCAGCUGCUGUUCAGUCCCUGAUGCUUCCAUUCUGCCCAGAGAGCCCCCGCUUUCUUUACAUUGUGUGUGAGCAGGAGGCACAGGCCAAGAAAAGUCUGCGGCGCUUCACCGGCCUCCUCGAUGUUACCAACGAUCUGUCUGACAUGAAGGAGGAGAAGAGACAGAUGGACUCAGAGCCCAAGGUGUCCAUCCUGCAAAUCUUCCGCUCUCGCAACUAUCGGCAGCCAAUCGUGGUGGCCAUCAUCCUGCAACUGUCCCAGCAACUGUCUGGCAUUAAUGCUAUAUUCUAUUAUUCCACGGAUAUUUUCUCUAAGGCGGGAGUGGAGCAGCCCAUCUAUGCCACCAUCGGGGCUGGCAUUGUCAACACUGCAUUUACUGUUGUGUCGUUGUUCCUGAUAGAGAGGGCGGGACGACGCACACUUCACCUGCUGGGAUUGGCUGGAAUGAUCGUUUGUGCGUUAUUAAUGACCGUGGCAAUGGCGUUACAGGAGACGGUGCCCAAUCUCAGUUACCUCAGCAUGGCGGCCAUCUUUGGCUUUGUGGCUUUCUUUGAGAUCGGCCCUGGUCCAAUCCCAUGGUUCAUUGUGGCAGAACUGUUCAGUCAGGGUCCCCGGCCGGCAGCCAUGGCCAUCGCAGGUUUCACCAACUGGACCUCCAACUUCAUCAUCGGAAUGGGCUUCCAGUAUGUGGCCGAUCUGUGUGGCCCUUACGUGUUCCUGCUCUUCGGGGCCCUACUCUUCGCCUUCCUCAUCUUCACUUAUUUGCGGGUGCCGGAGACUCGGGGCAGAUCCUUCGAUGAGAUUUCCCAUGGAUUCCGCAAGAGGAACCCGUCGCUCCUGGAUCAGGAGGUGAAGGCAAGUACCGAGAUGGAGAGCUUGGGGGGCCCCGACGAGGCCUAGGCCAGGACUUGAGCCCUCAGAGCCACCGUAACUGGACAUGGACUUUUAUAUAUAAAUAUGUGUAUUACGUGUCAGGUAUAUAUAAUUAUUAUGUACAUAUAUUAUUCUUAUUAUUAUUAUGUGUGUGUGCCCCAAAUAUAGCUCUCAUUUAUCUCUCACAAA